CGUAAAAAGUCUCUAAUCAUAUGUGCUCCGAUUCAAAGCAAACCUCAGCCGAUUUCCUCCUCUAGAUGGAUCAUCAAUGAACUAUGGUACUACUAAGGGGGCUAUAGGGCAAAGGACUGAGUAGAUUGUUGUCGGCUGAUUAUUUUAGCUGAUUAGGAGAAAGCAAUAGAUCCAUGCAUGGGUCUGUAAGCAGUUGAAAACGGCGUCUUUUGAGCAGCAGCAAUACUUGUGCUGAUUAUUUAGCUUAGCUGCGACCGGACGACCAAAAAUAAUUUAAUUAAGAAACGAUGAGCUUGUCUCUCCUGCAGGGCUACUCAUCUGAAGAAGAAGAAGAAGAAGAAGAAAAAGCUGAAGAAUUUGAUUAUUAUGACUCUGACGACGGCGGCAAACGUAGAAACGACCAAGUCUCGGACAACCGAUACAAACCCUUGUUCGACCCCAAUCCCUCCUCUUCCUCUUCCCUUCCUUCCGCUUUCGACGCUUUCUCCGAAGUGUCAGGGCCUCCGGAAUUUUUGAACAAUUCCGUUGAGGAAGCGGCGAAAGAUGACGAUGGGCAGAAGCGGCGCCACAGUCGCCGGAGAAAUCGCAGAGAUAAAAGUGAUUUACCUGUCGGUGCAGUAGUGGAGGCUAAAGCUCAGUUAGUUGGAAUCCAUGAGAGAGUGAGGAGCGAUUUUGAGGGCAACAUCCCAAGAACAUCCCCCUCUCACUCUGCAGAAGAUGCAAAGCGUACUACUUCUGCAAGCAAUCUGAAUGAGAAUGCUGCAGAGCUUAUGAGGAUGUGCUUAACCUGUGGAAUGCUGAAAACGUACUCUGGUGCCAAAGGAAUGGUCUGUCCAGUUUGUGGUGAUGAAUCCAUGAAGAAGGGAUCUACCGUCAAAGACAAGGAGAAGCUUAAGAGGAUGAAGGGUCAGUCAUCGCAUGCAUCAUGGAAAAGUGAGACAGAAAUGCAGCUUAGACAGCAGUUUGAUUAGCUUUGUUAACCCUGUGGCCAGGCCCGUGUCAUGAUCUAUGUUAUCUAUGGACCUUUGCUUUUGUUGCGGUUGGAUUAUGGAUGAGGUGAAAAAAAUUUGUAAAGCACGCAUUGUUUUCAAGUCUAAAUGUGGCAGGCGCCAAGGACAAAUAUCUGAAACUGUAUCUUGAAGCAAUCUCUUUUCCUUUCUCAUGCC